AUGGAGAUAACAAACGUGCUAUCAUCAUCAAACGAUGUUUACAAUUCAUUCAAAACAGUAGCUCUGGAUAAAGCUAUUUCUUUGUCACCAAACGCUAGUUCGAAUAACAUUGUUACUCAAACUUCAUCGCCAUCAGCAACGCGAUCAACUAAACAUUAUCAUUCAAAAUUUAAAACAGAAUGGUUAUCUAACUCUUUUUUUUCUACAUUCUUACGCGAAUGUAAAAUUGAUCAAUCGAAAGCCAUGUGCAUUGUUUGUAACAUACAGUUCUCCAUCCAAAACAGUGGAAUUAGAGACAUAAAUCGCUAUAUUCGGACAAAGAAGCAUCAAGAACGCUUGAAAUCUGAUGAAGCUAAUCCAAGUAAGAUCAGCGCUAUUGUUUUUAUUGCGGAAAGCUUUCCAUACGUAUAA